CAUCCUUUGACAAUUUAAUUCACGUUCUCCACCUGGACGCAACAACUUCGCUGCUACCACCUGGGUCUGGAUUGCAGAACUUGAUGGAUUCAAGCACUUCGAUAUGUGAUCGACACCAUUCCGAUUCUACUCAAAUCCUCGAUACAACGGCCAUACUCACAUCCCUUCCCAAGGUAUCAUCAAAAAGUUUCAGGCGCGAAAGUGGCCAUCUUCACGUGUACUCUCGAUAUCUCCCAAACCGAAACCGAACGCACCGUCCUCCUCAACAACGCAGACGAAAUGCUCAAUUUCACGCGCAGCGAGGAACAACAAUUCGAAAGGAAAUCGCUGAUUCAGGCAUCAGAGUCAUCAUCGCAGGCUCAUCCGUUGGCGAUCUCGCCUUACACUACCUCAAUCGCUUCAACAUUGUCAUUCUCAAAGUCCUCUCCAAAAUCAACCUCCGCCGGGUAGAUUGCGUCGUCAACGCCACACCUCGCCCACGUCGGCGCAUCCACGGAGGAAGCCAGCUACGUCGACAUCUUUGAGAUGGCGGAGAUUGGCGAAGACUGUCACCGUCCUCCG